AUGCUAAACCCAGUAUACGACACUGACCAAGAAUUGGCCAACCUCAUGGCCAAGUUGCAGCACUCCACCACCCUCAAGAAAGGUGGAGGCAAGCGAAAUGUCUACAAAGUCGGUGGUUUGGACGUCUGUUCCUGGAGAGGCCUCUUUACAGUUGGUAAUAAAAUUGUUGUGAGAGGCUAUGAUAAGUUUUUCAACGUGGGAGAGGUCCCUCAGACCAAACCACAGACGCUUGCAGCCGAUACCACAGGCCCGUACGAAUUGACCGUCAAAGAAAAUGGCUGUAUUGUAUUUAUUGGGGGAUUGGAAGACGGUACCAUCGUCGUGUGCUCCAAGCACUCAACCGGUGCACGAGACGAUCUCACCCGCAACCACGCGGUAGAAGGUGAGUCCCAGCUAAAGCACCUGUUGGAGGCCAUUGGUAAAAGUGUGGAGGAAUUAGCCAAAAUGUUGUACAAACACAAUAUAACGUUGGUGGGCGAGUUGUGUGACGACAGCUUCGAAGAACAUAUCAUGAAGUACUCGGGUAACGACGCCGGAAUUUAUUUGCAUGGAAUCAACCACAAUACCAUUGAUUUCAAAACCUACCCUAUGGAUGCGGUGCGAGAGUUUGCCCUAAUCUGGGGCUUCAAGUGUGUGGAGUCGUUUCAAAAGACCAGCUACACAGACCUCACUCUGUUCUUAGAUAAGUGUCAGGAGACAGGUACCUGGCACAAUCGCGAGAUUGAAGGGUUCGUGGUGAGGUGUAAGAUCUCCGAGGGAGGUGACUUCUUCUUCAAGUACAAGUUUGAACAGCCGUACCUCUUGUACCGAAACUUCAGAGAAGUCACAAAGCUGUACCUAAAUGGAAAGCCCUACAACGAGCUUUUAAAGCGCUAUGGAAAGGAGAAGUAUAUCUUGUCCAAGUAUAUUUCAUUCAUUACUGAAUAUUUCGACAAGAACCCAGACAAACGGGACCUUUACCUCCAGAACUACGGAAUCAUCGAGGUAAGAAACUUGUUUCUUCAAAGUCUCGGGUUGAAUGAAAUCAGUGGCAUGAACCUUUUGGCCAUUAACGAGGAACUCUCCAGAACCAUGGAAUUUUCCCAGGUCAUCAACAAGUAUGUGUUGAUUCCUAUUGCUACUGUUGGCUGUGGAAAGACCACCGUGGCCGCAGCUUUAGUCGACCUCUUUGGCUGGGGCCAUAUUCAAAACGAUAAUAUCGCCAACAAGCUGAAGAAUCUGUUGGUGAAGCAGUGUCUCCGUCUGUUGUUUACUGAAGAAGUGGUGGUGUGUGACCGGAAUAAUCACCAGAAGAGAGAAAGAAAACAGUUGUUUGAACAAUUUUACCAGUUCAAAGUCGACGAGCUCCCGGCUAACACCAGUUUGGUAUUUGUGGCAUUAAAUUUUAUACCCCGGAACACAAACAUGAAAGAACUCCACAAAAUAACCUUGGAUAGAAUUACCCAGCGUGGUGACAGACACCAGUCAAUCAAAAGCUCUACCGAUCCCAAGUUAGCAGAAAAAGUCCUUGGAGGGUUUAUUUCCAGAUUCCAGCCAAUCGCACCCAACUACGAACCAGAUAGCGAAUUCGAUAUGAUAAUUGACCUCGAUUUCAAAGACUCUCCCGCCGACUCCGUCAAGAAGGUCAUUUCCUCCUUAACUUCUGAGUUUCCUUUACUCAUCCCGUCUCCUACGUCGGAUGAGGCCAUUGACAGUGCGGUUGCAAAAGCUUUAACCUAUGAACCAACCUUCACAAAAACAUUUGGUUCCAGUGCCACCUCCAAAUCCAAGAAGAAAGUCGACUUCUUCGGCAUCAAAGUCGACCAUCCGACUAUUGUUUCGGUGCUCAACCAACACUGUGGCCAACAUCCGGUUUGGACACAUCUCCGACACUCAAAUCGGGUGCAACCAGAGUUCCAUGUAACACUUUCCCACAUGAGUGCACUGCAGGCCCACCAGGUCCAAUGGGAUGCUAUUGUUUUGUGUCCCCAGCUCAUAUGCCUCCAAGUGCGGGUGUCCGACUUCGCUGACGCCCACGGCAAUAAGACACAUGUACCCAUCACAAACAGUAUACUUCAUGUAACCGUAGGCACAUCGAGUCCCGAGGUUAAGCCGUACCAGUCUAAUGUAGUGUUGGACCAAGUAGCGACAACAUUUUCAAACUUGUCGCUCAAUGAUGCGGGGCCGCUGGAACCAGUCCAGUCGGUCACUGUCGCCGAUGGUACCACGGUCGAGAUCAUUUCGCUCCCCGUACCUCGUCCUACACUCUGGCUGCAAAGUCUUUUUGCCCAUUUCUUGUAGGUCCUGCAUGUAUCUUCAAUAAACACUCGCACUCUUGAAGUUAGACA